AUGCCUACUGGUAUUUCAAAUACUAACCACCCCAACAAUAAUCAGAUAGUUGUCAAUUCCCUAUUGGAUGAUGGCAACCACCAGCAAGAUGGUACCGCAUGCAAUGAGGCUGAGAGCCCCUCUAUCGCUGGCAUGGGUCUCCAUCAUUGGAUGUCAGCCAUACUGGGCAUCGAUGUGGCGGUGUUUGUCUCGGUCCAUGAUCGACAUGUCAGGCCCCCAACAUCCCACACGGUCGAGCCGUCCGGUACAUGUCUCGACCAAUCGUCGUCCCGUAUGGGUGAGCCUAGACAGGGCUUGUCGAUCGAAAUCGAGUUGAGUUUGGAUCGCGACAGGGUUCCUCUGUGCUGUCAGAGCCGCAGCCGACCAAAGGCCACCAAUUCAGGGCAAGGGCACUGGAUCCUGGAAUUAGUCUCGAGGGUAGUAUCAGGCAGGGUGUACGGUACGGAGUGCUGUACCAUUGUAACAAUCGGUCUCUGGGCUGAUCUCGAUCAUCAGUCGUGA